AUUGACAGCCAAUACUCCGAUAGUUUUCCGGCUAGGCUCAGACAAUAGGCGAUACCAGUUACCACACGUGCACGAGAAUAGUUCUGCGAAAUGAAAUUUAUUACGCCAUUUUUUUCAUUAACUGUCCUCUUUGCUUUGAUUGAAUAAGUGAUCAAUAACAGAUUUCCAUCCAAAUCAGGUGAUGCAGUAGACAGGCACAAGUCAAGGAUUCCUUGCUCUCGGCUUUUCUAGUAGAUAAAAUAUCAACUUCAAGUUAGUGUCUGUUUAUUGUAGGCCCUACACAUCUACAACAAAAUUGAAUUUACCAUGGCGAAUCCGUUGUUAUUACCGUUUGAGAUUAAGAAAGAAAAGUCAAAGGAUGGAUUUAUCGUACGUGAUCAUCCCAGUACGGUCAUCGAAACCCCGUCAAUAUCUAACUAUGUUGACCUACCUGACACUUCCUACAUCCUCGAUCUGCCAUCAGAAACAAUUAAUAGCGGAGGCCUAUCUGCCAUCCAGUUAGAAACCAUCAUCUACUCGUGUCAGAGACACGAACAAAAAUUGUCUGACGGUUCUCGAGCUGGAUUCCUGAUCGGAGACGGAGCCGGUGUUGGUAAAGGUCGGAUGGCAGCUGGCAUCAUCUUUGAAAAUUUCAUUCGUGGACGUAAGAAAUCAAUUUGGUUCUCAAUUUCAACUGACCUCAAGUACGACGCUGAACGUGAUUUGCGGGACAUCGGAUGUGCCGACAAGAUUGCAGUUCAUGCUGUAAACAAAUUGAAGAAUUCCACAGCCCGUACGGUUGUCACUGAGUCGACUAAAGAAGGUGUUAUUUUUUCGACUUACUCCGAUUUAAUUACCACUUCCUCAACUAAAAGGUUAUUGUGCCUUGAACAAUUGCUCAAGUGGUGUGGGCCAAAUUUCGAUGGCGUUAUUGUUUUUGACGAGUGUCACUUCACGGAUGACAUCAAUUUCAGCGGAUCGACUAAUAAGGGAAAAAUAGAAUUGGCUGUCUUACAAUUGCAAAAUAAGUUGCCAAAUGCAAGGAUCGUCUACAUUUCUACAGCCGCCGUUUCGGAACCCCACAGCAUGGCAAGCAUGGUUCGUCUAGGUCUUUGGGGUCAGGAUACGCCAUUCAAAGACUUUGGGCAAUUUCUUGAAAAUGUAAAGAACUUCGGUGCGAUUGCCGGGGAUAUGAUAGCCAUGGAAAUGAGGCAACGGGGAUCGUACGUAAACCGUCAACUUUCGUUCAAGGAUGUCACGUACCAAGUUGUCGACAUUUGCCAAUUGCCGAAAUUCAUGAGAUCCUACAACAAUUCUACUAAAGUUUGGCUUCAUCUGCAACAGUCUUUUACAGAAGCAGCUGAACUUAUGGAUUUAGGCCAAAAGACACAAAAGAUUAUGUGGACUUUUUUUUGGUCAGCGCAUCACAGAUUUUUCAAAUGUCUGUGUAUUUCCGCCAAAGUAACACAUGCCGUCAAGUUGGCUAGUGAAGCUGUGAAACGCGGCGAAAGCGUUGUCAUUGGCCUUCAAUCAACAGGAGAAGCUUACACCCUUCAGAAAAUUCCGGACGACGGAUCUGCAAUGCCAAAUUUCGUUUCAACAACAAAAAUGCUUAUGCUGUCUUUGGUUGAAAAACACUUUCCAGCUUCCGAUAAUCUCCAAUUGCUUGCCGAUGCUCGAAACAACAAACGAGGAACCGUUGGAGGUAAAAGAAAAUCUGUGAGAAAAACCGCAGGAACCUCCAAAAAGAAGAAAAACGAAUUAACUGACGAUUUCUCUUGUGAUGAAAUAAUUGACAGCAGUUAUGUAUCUGCUCCGGUAUUUGACUAUCAUUCAGACUCAGUCGAUUCCAAGCUAAAAGACGAAGAGGCAGACGACGACAGGAGGAUUAAGCUUGAGAAGGCGUCGGUAAUCAGACAAGGACUUCUAGAGAAAAUCGAAGAGCUGGGAACUUUACUUCCACCAAAUUGGAUGGAUCAACUCAUCGAUGAACUCGGAGGGACAGAAAAUGUGGCCGAAAUUUCUAGUCGGAAGGGCCGUCUGGUCCAAAAAAACAAUGGCCUGGUCCAAUACGAGCCGCGCUCCGAAAAAGAUGUUCCUUUAGAGUUUAUCAACAUUCGUGAAAGAGAGCGUUUUAUGAACGGGGAAAAGAAAAUUGCCAUCGUUUCUGCAGCUGCCAGCUGUGGAAUUUCUCUUCACGCUGACAGACGAGCGAAAAAUCAGAGCCGUCGAAUUUACAUUUCGCUAGAAUUGCCGAAUAGCGCUGAGCUCGCUCUGCAGCAAUUCGGUUGUACUCAUCGCAGUAAUCAAGCGAAAGCUCCGGAAUUUAUUUUUCUUGUUCCGGAAUUGGCUGGGGAGAGACGAUCCGCAUUGAUCGUUGCUAAUCGUCUUCAAUUACUUGGUGCUUCCUUCAAAAAUCAAAGAUUAGAUGAAGGCUCUACUAAAUUAGAAGAAACUAGUGAAUAUGACUCUGCGGUAGUCGAUGCCAUGAACGUUAUUAUGGGCCAAAAAUCACCCGUUGUUCCGGUCCCUGCUGAUUACAACGGCAACUUUUUCGGAGAUAUCAGAGCAGCACUAGCUGAAGUCGGCAUCAUACCCAACGUGGUUCCACUGGUUAAAGUUGGGAAAUUUGUUCCAGAUAUUCUAAAUCGGAUUUUGGGUAUUCCUGUUGAUCAUCAAGCCACUCUAUUGCAAUACUUCAACGGUGUUCGAUCAAAGAUCUGCAAUCCGGGAAAAACGGAAAGACACAAUUGCAUGACGAUUCUUGAUUUGCACUUGCACAACAAAUGUACCCAUCGUAGAAACGUUAUUCUGAAAGUUACAUCCAAAAAUACUUUUGAUUCGGCUAAGAUAUAUCUACAUGAAAUUGAAGUUGACAGUGGCAUGGAUUGGAAAACAGCAGAGGAAAAAUGGCUUCCAAAGUCUAGACAAGCAAAGGAAGGGAUUUAUUUUUCAAAAGAGGGGUUCUAUGGGAAAAGAGACAUCAUUAUUGUCCGAAGUACUGAAAUUGUUAGUGGUGGAGCCAAAGGAGAUUUAAAAUAUACCGUGAUACGACCUAGUACGGGAGUGCAAUUACUACCACAAUCUUUGGCUGAAAUUACCAAAAAAUACACCCCUCAAAUAAGUUUGCCGAAACUGGCGAAGAUUGAACCAAAGUGGUUGUGGGAUUUUCAUUACAACGCUUCAAAAAAUGUUUGUAUUCACGACUACUGGCUUAACACUAAAACAAAAAACCACAACAAGGGUCCCGAAGAAUGCCAAGAAGGUUUGCGAUCAUGUGCAACGUACAAGAUUUUGGCUGGAUCAGUAUUUCUUCUUUGGAAAGAAAUCGAAUCUAUUAUUAGGGAAAGCAAUCCACAGUGGAAAAUGCAGAUCGCCCGCGUACUUGUGGACAGCAGCAAAAUUGUCGGCAUAGUUAUUCCCGAUAAUUGCGAGUCUCAGCUGAUAGCCUUUCUUACAAAGUAGUGUGUAAGAUAAUGUUGGCUCUUCAUCACUAACCGAAAUUUACUUAUUAACCGUAACUGCGGGAAUUAUUAAUGUCUUUACAAAUAGAAGAUUACAAAUUAUGUUGCCCCGUUAGACAAAAAUAAUUUGCUACGUAGUGGACGAACUCUAAAGUUUACAUUGUUCUCAUAGUGAUUUAUUUGUUUUCACUAGAAUUCGCGCUAUGAAAAUUAGAUGCGAUUUUUCAUUUUGUUUUCCUAUUGAAAAUGUUUUCAAUAGUUAACCAUAUUGAAUAAUUUUUUGUUUCGCAACUGUCUUCUUCAGUUCGCUUGAGGGAUAUCGAUCGUGUAUUUUAUUUGUUUGAUUACCUAAGUAAAAAUUUCUCUAUCAA